AUGACUGAUGCAUUAACCGCCACACUACGGGAUUCGACCCUAAACGAUGCUCAGAACGACGAUUGGAAGAAGAGCCUGAAUAUCCCUGCCCGUGACAGCAGGCAACAAACAGAGGAUGUCACCAACACUAAAGGGUUUGAGUGGGAAGACUUCGGCCUGAAGCGGGACUUGCUGAUGGGCAUAUUCGAAGCAGGCUUUGAGAAACCCUCGCCCAUCCAGGAGGAAUCGAUCCCGGUGGCCUUGACAGGGCGAGACAUCCUGGCCAGAGCAAAAAACGGUACAGGCAAAACGGCGGCUUUCGUCGUACCUGCUCUCGAACGAAUAAACCCCAAGGUCAACAAGAUACAGUGUUUGAUACUCGUCCCCACAAGGGAGCUAGCAAUGCAGACUUCGCAGGUCUGCAAGACCCUUGGAAAACAUCUAGGUGUCAACGUCAUGGUCACAACCGGAGGCACCACCCUUCGCGAUGACAUUGUCCGUUUGCAAGAUCCAGUCCACAUAGUAGUGGGCACUCCCGGUCGAAUUCUUGAUCUGGCUGGCAAGAGUGUUGCUGAUCUUGGCGAAUGUCCCAUGUUCAUCAUGGACGAGGCCGACAAACUGCUCUCGAUUGAGUUCACCCCUGUUAUCGAGAAGCUACUGCAGUUCCAUCCCAAGGAUCGGCAGAUCAUGCUCUUCUCGGCCACCUUCCCCCUCUCCGUCAAGGACUUCUCGGACAAGAAUAUGGCCAAACCAUACGAGAUCAACCUAAUGGACGAACUAACCCUGCGGGGUAUCACUCAGUACUAUGCCUUCGUCGAGGAGAAGCAGAAGGUCCAUUGCUUGAACACGCUUUUUUCCAAGCUGCAAAUCAACCAGUCCAUCAUAUUCUGCAACUCGACCAACCGUGUGGAAUUGCUGGCUAAGAAGAUAACAGAGCUUGGCUACUCGUGCUUCUACAGCCACGCGAAGAUGGCACAGCACGCACGCAACCGGGUUUUUCACGAUUUCCGCAACGGAGUUUGCCGCAAUCUCGUCUGUUCAGAUCUUCUCACUCGCGGCAUUGACAUCCAGGCAGUUAACGUCGUCAUUAACUUCGAUUUCCCAAAGAACGCCGAGACGUAUCUUCACCGCAUCGGCCGUUCUGGGCGAUACGGCCAUUUGGGUCUGGCUAUUAAUCUGAUCAAUUGGGAGGACCGUUUCAAUCUGUAUAAUAUCGAGAAAGACCUUGGCACCGAGAUCCAGCCAAUUCCGGCCACCAUCGACAAGAGUCUUUAUGUUUACGAGAACCCCGAGAACAUUCCCCGCCCCGUUAAUACUUACUCGACAAAACCUACGAGCUCCAGUGCCCCACUAGCGCAGCAACCUGAUUCUCUCGCUUCAUUCCAAGGCAGAGGACAGAGCACUCAGCCUAGUCGUUCCCACUUCAACGACUCGCCGCCUCCUCCAUACCAAAGCCUUCGCGGAGGGAGUCGGGGGGGUAGUCGUGGCGGCAACCGCGGUCGUGGGCGUGGCUACAACUAUGGUGCCCGCGGAGGCGGCCGAGGACAAGCCCCGGUUUCAUGA